AUGGAUUGGUUGACUAUGAUAGUGGGCUUUCUGGUGAUUAUCAUCGGAUUGGGAGCCUAUGCGUGGCAGUUGUCCAACGUAUUACUCACGAGUAAUCAAUGGCUAUCACCGCACGACAAGACAAUACUGAUCACCGGAUGCGAUACCGGUAUCGGACACGAGUUGGCCAAACACUUCUACCUCAAGGGCUGCAUAGUCUUCGCCACCGUUUUGGACAUCGAUGGCAGCGGUGCUCAAGAGUUACGCCGAUUGUCUGAUUCCAGUGGCGAUGAUAAUCACCGGCGGAUGCGUUUGAUUCGCAUGGAUGUGACCAACGAUGAGGACGUGAGUCGAGCCGCCGCUGAAGUGGACGACUAUCUCAAGCGAAACCAAUCGCAAGGUUUGUAUGCAUUGAUAAACAACGCGGGCGUCUGUGUGAUGGCUGAGUUUGACUGGUUGUCAUGGAAUCAGAUCCAGAAGCAGGUCGACACCAAUGUGUUGGGAACCAUUCGGGUGACCAAAACACUUUUGCCACUCAUUAUACAGAGCAAA